UGUAUAUAUAGGUAUAUUCAUUCAUGCCAUGUAAUCAUUCAUUCUACUUGGUUAUCGCCAAAGAUACUAGUAGUUGUAUGCAGAGCAACACACACUAUUCAAGGAAUUUAGGUUUUUGUUUUUCCUCAAAAAAGAGACCAUUGGAGUGUGCUAUAGAAGGAACAUGUGGUUUCCCUUGAUCAUAUUUGGAACAUGUCUUUUAGAGAUUUCUGGAUUUAAUGUAUACCGGUUGAAUACUGGAGAAAAAUGUCAAGUGCCGAUCACACAUUCUGUGGGUUAUUAUGUACUAGAUGAAGAGCUAGCUACUAUCCAGUGUCCAAUCUCACAGCAUUUACAAUUAGACCGCUCUACAUUUCAUUUGGUUUGGACUAGAAAUGGUUUAGAGACAAUGGAUACAGCAGAACAGCCUAGAAUACAGCAAAAGGAAGACUCCUUGUGGUUCUUGCCAGCUGUAAAAGAGGACACUGGGAUAUACACUUGUAUUAUGAGAAGCUUUUCCAGGAAUUCUCUCCUCUCCUGCAAUUCCUUCCCUCAUGAUCCAAUCCUCAUAUAUAAUUUGAGUUAUGGGCAGCAUCAAAUCCUUUUUGAUACUAGACAAAGGAAUGCAUCCUACUGUGCUGAAAUAUCAAUGUCCCUAAAAGUCAUGAGUGACACACCAUCAUCCUAUCCUUAUAUUAAAUAUGAAUAUAUAUAUAUAAUUGGUGUUGAAAACAAUACUUUUGAGAUGAUUUGCCCUGCUUUACCCAACUUUAUAAAAGACCAUAUCAAUGUGAACAUAAAUUGGUAUAAGGAUGGAGAACCUUUGCGUAUUGACAGCUCCAAAUACAGAUACCUGGAUGGGACCACAUAUGUGUCGAUAAAUGAUGUAGGCUAUGAGGAUGAAGGCUAUUACAAAUGUCAGUUAACAUUUUCCCUCGAAAAUAAAGAUUACACCAUGUCAAGGAUUAUCCAACUUCAGAUUAUUGAUGAAGGGAAGAGACAACAGCCUGUCAUUGUGAAUACCAAUCACAAGACAAUAGCAGCUGCCACAGGUUCCAAGCUAAUCAUACCAUGCAAGGUAUUUGCAGGCCAUGAUGAUGGUAAUCUCAUGAUUUGGUGGACGGCAAAUGACUCUUUCAUGAGCGAUUAUUCAACAGAUCACCGGGUGACACAAGGAAUGCUACAAGAAAUUACAGAGGCUGAUGGUCAGUACUUUGAUUUACCAUUGAUUUUUGAAAGGAUUGAAGAGGAGGAUUUUAUUACUGACUUUAAAUGUAUAGCGUCUAAUGACUAUGGCCUUGAGGUUCUGCCAACCCAGAUAAAACAAGCAGCCUACUCUUUUGCCUGGUACAUUGCAGCAGUUCCUGCCCUUGUGGUUUUCCUGAUUAUAGCGAUAAUUUUCAUAACCAAAUACAGGAAAUGUGGAAAUAAGAACGAUUAUUCAAGUCGUAAAAAUGUUUUACUUUUCAGGUGUUAUAUUCUGAACAUUACUUAGGAAACCACUUAGAAGAUCAUAACAGAUAAAGUAUCAGACAAGUAAACCUUAGAUGUAUGAUUUUUGGCAACAUGACAUCUAGGCUGCUCAUUAAGAAGACAAGAAGUGCAAGAA